AUGGGCAUCGCCGAGUCCACGCCGGACGAGCUGCCGUCGGACGCCGAGGAGCAGCUGCGCAGCGGCGAGCAGCAGCUGGAGCUGAGCGGGAGGCGGCUGCGGCGGCUGCCCAGCGCCGUGUGCGCGCUGAGCCGCCUGCAGAAGCUCUACGUGAGCGGCACCGGGCUGCGCGAGCUGCCCGAGGAGAUCGAGGAGCUGCGCGAGCUGCGCAUCCUGGCGCUCGACUUCAACAAACUCGAGCGCCUGCCCGACGGCCUGUGUCGCCUGCCGCGCCUCACGCGCCUCUACCUGGGCGGCAACCGGCUGCUGGCGCUGCCCGCGGACUUCGCGCAGCUGCAGAGCCUGCGCUGCCUCUGGAUCGAGGGCAACUUCCUGCGGCGCUUCCCGCGGCCGCUGCUGCGCCUGGUGGCGCUGCAGUCGCUGCAGAUGGGCGACAACCGGCUGCGCGCGCUGCCCGCCGAGCUGCCGCGCAUGACGGGCCUGCGCGGCCUGUGGCUCUACGGGAACCGCUUCGAGGAGUUCCCGCCCGCGCUGCUGCGCAUGGGCCGCCUGCACAUCCUCGACCUGGACCGCAACCGCCUGGGCGGCUUCCCCGACCUGCACCCGCUGCGCGCCCUGCGCGUCUUCUCCUACGACCACAACCCGGUCACUGGGCCCCCGCGCGUCGCCGACACCGUCUUCCUCGUGGGCGAGGGCGCCGUCGAGCGCAUGGCCGAGCGCGACGAGCCCACGCCCCGGCCGCCGCCCCGGCGCCCAGCUCGGGCCUUUGAGGAUGAGGAGGAAGAAGACCUACUCAUAGGGGGCGGUGGCCCCCGGGCUCUGGGGCCCCCCGGGGGCAGCCUCCCCGCCCUGGAAGCCGCUGCAGGACUGGGCACCUGA